CCGACGUCAGCCGGUUGACGAUUGCGGAAGCGGGUCUUAGCUUUAGCCUGCUACCUUGGAACCAAAACAGAUGAAAUGUUUCCGUGCUAAGUCGCUGCGUAGUCGAUCGUAAUCUUAGAUAUUGAUUGAAGUUCCCCUUGUCAGACACCUGCUAUCCGCCUUUGUGACACAGGAGAGAGGAGAAGCUAAAGAGCCGCCAGAAAUGGAGGAUCCCGGUGGUUCUGCAGCUGAGGCUGGGACUCCAUCCCAACCUGGUGCUCCCAAGUCAAAGCUGGAUACGUUGUCGAAAGAUGACCUCAUCAAAUAUGCCAAAAAACAGAUUGCCGCCAUGCAAAAGAUGAAGACCAAAUGCACAGAUUUGGAAAAAGAAGUUGAGUCCCUUAAACAACAAUCCAAAAGUACUGACAAAAGUCCAGAGGAUGCCUUGUUGAUACAGGAGCUGACUGAAAGGAUGGAUGUUCUGCUACUGGAGAAAGCUGAAACUCAGCAAAAUCUUGCACUCUCACGCAAAGAGCUAGAGAGAACCAAACAGCAAGCCAAGGAGGAUCUAGCAUUGCUGCAAAGUGAACAUGAGCGAGUUAUUGAGGUCCACCAACGGAAGAUUGAAACAUUAGAGUCCAGCAUUGAGGAAUCCAGAAACCAACACCUGGAAAAAGUGAAUCAUUUCCAGAAAUUACUCCAGGAACAAGAGGAACGAGACAGAGAAAGAGAGAAGGAGCGCAGAGCAGAAUACACCAGUGCUCAAGAGAGCGUAGAAGAAGUCAGACGCUCCCUGGAAGCUCAACUGGAAACCCUUCGAGCUGAAAUGAAGGCAAUCCAAGACAGAAGUUCGGAGGAGGCAGCGCAGCUGGAGGAGAAGUACCAGAAGGAGCUGACGAAGGCCCAGCAGGAGGUGGAGAACCUGAAGGAGGAGCUGGUUCAGAAAACCGUCCAGCAUGAGGACGAGAUGAAAGCUCUGGAGGAGGACUGGGUGAUCGAGAGGGAUCGCCUCAUGUUGCUCACCGAGGAGCUGACUGAGCAGCUGGCUUCAAAAGACAGCUACCUGCAGGACGUUCAGGAGGAAGACGAAGACCCCAGCCGUGGCGCCGGGAUCGCCAAAAUGCUGGAGCUGUCCGGGUGCAAGCAAGCUGAACCGCAGAGCGGCGGCGAGGAGGGCGAGCUCGGCAGACUGAGGACGGCGCUGGACGACGUUCAGUCCCAGAACACCAUGCUGCAGGACGAGCUCACGCUGCUCAGCAACGUGAAGGCGGAGCUUGAAGCAGAGCUAGAGCGGGUCAAGGAGGAUUUCCAGGUGGAAAAAGAAGAGCUCGAGUUCAAAAUAAACGAGCUGCAGAUGAAUAAAGACAGUCCGACCACUGAACACGAGCUGAAGCUUCAGCCUGAGCAGCAAGAAGUUGAAACUCCUGCCGAGAUGCCGAGCAGCGACCUGAAUCUGAACGAGGAGCUGACAGCCCGAUGUGAGGCCUUAACCAGAGAACGCAACGACGCCAUGGCCGAGUGCCAGCAGAUGAGAGACAUACUUCAAAGUGUGGAGACAGAGCUGGGGGAGAAGACCAAAGAUUUUGUCCAGCAGUACAACACCAUGAAGGAAAAGGGCGCAGAAACGGUGCGAGACCUUCAGGAAAAGAUCGAACAGCUCAGCCAACAGAGAGACGAGCUGCGGGUGAGGAUGACUGAAAUCACAGAGGAGAAAAACUCUCUGAUGAAGAAUAUCCAAGACCUUCAGCAAAAUUAUGCAGCUGAAAGCCAGAAACCUUCCGCUUCCGCAGAAGAAGAAGAAACCUCUUUAAAACAGGCUGUGAAGGAGCUGACUAUGCAGAACGAGGAGAUCUUCUCACAGCUGAAGAUGAAGGAGAACAUGAUUCAAGAUCUGAAAGAAAUGGCCGCCAUUUUGACUGAAGAGCGGGACAAAGCGCAGCACCUGCUGACGCUGAAAGAAGAUGAAGUGCAAAGUUUGAGUGACGCCAAAACGAAAGAAAUCGAGUCGUUGUUGGAAGAGAAAGAGAGGGAAAUACUUUUACUCAGAGAUGACAACAACAAGCAGGUGGAAAGCUUGAGGAUGCAAACAGACAGCGAGGUGAAGCAUCUGAAGGAGGAAAAGGAAAAGAUGGAAGAAAAUCUGAAGGAGAAGACGCGGAUUUAUGAGGAGACGGUUUCCGGUUUGGAGCUGAGAGUCAAAGAGCUUUCCACGGAGAGGGAUGAUCUCCAUCAGAAACAGGAGCAGGCUUUGUUGGAGCUGUCCAAGCUUCAGGAAGACGGGAAGCUAAUGGCAUCCACGAUGGCUGACCUGGAGGCUCACAUGGCGCAGAGGGAAUCUGAAAAGCAACAACUAGAGGAGAAGGUGAAGUCCCUAACAGAGGAGGUGGAGAAAUCUGGUGCUUCCAUGAGGCUGCUGGAGGAAAAUCAAUCUGAAGUCCUCACAAAGUCUACAGAGGAGCUGGAAGAUCUCCGGACGCGAGUUGAAGAGCUUGAAAACGAGAGAAACCUCUUAAAGAGAAGACUUGAAGAGAUGGAGGCCGAGAAAAGAGAGGAAGAGAUGGAGACAAACUUCCAGGCUCACAUCACAGACCUGGAAAAGGAGCGAAACAUGUUGAGGUCAAACCUGGAGGACGUAGUGAGGGAUGUAGAGGGGCUGCAGAGGGAUCUCCAAGACAUGAAGUCGGUUAAUGAGAAGCUUAGCGACGAGAACCAGAAACUCCUGAGCCAAGCUUCCCUGGCUCAAGAAGAGAGGGACGAGUGGGAAAUGAAGCUCGGAGAGAAGGACGCUCUGGUUUCACAGCUGAGGAACGAAAUAUCGGCUCUGCAGGAAUCUAAUGUCCAAUCUGCUUCCUCUGAGGAAAGUGAAGCCAAUGAGACAACCAAGAAAUUAGCUCUCCUAGAGGAUAAAAUCAAAGAAAAAGACGAGAAGAUGAACAAAAUCAAGGCAGUAGCAGUGAAAGCCAAGAAGGAACUGGACAACAGCAAGAAGGAGGUUGUAACUCUGAAGGAGGAAGUUGCGUCACUGAAAGCAGAGCGGGAAAAGGUCAACACUUCAAUGAAAGAUAUCAUUCAUGGAGCAGAAGGAUACAAGAACCUGCAGAUAGAUUACGACAGGCAAAUAGAGCAACUGGAUAAGGAGAGGGAGAAGGUGGAGGCGGCCGAGAGACAGAUUGCCGAGCUGACCAAGCGACUCAGCAGUGCUGUCACACAGAAGGAGACGCUGAGCAGUGAGAAGGAGGAUCUGCAGGCCGGUUUGGAGACCAUGAGGAGCGCGGUGAAGCAGCUGGAGGCCAGAAACCAGGAGCUGCAGAAACAGCUGGCCAGCCUGGACAGAGACCUGCUGGCCGAGAGAGCCAUGAAGGACCAGAAGCUUAAGGACCUGUCAUCCGCCACGAAGGAGGUGGAGGAGCUGACAGCGCAGCUCCACAGGCAGCAGCAGCAGUCCCAGCAGACCGCCCAGGAGCUGGAGCUGCUACGCAAGGAGGCACAGCAGAGCUCCCUGCUGGACAUGGAGAUGGCCGACUACGAACGUCUGGUGAAAGAACUCAAUGGAAAACUAACAGAGAAAGAGGAGUGUGUGGAGGAACUGAAAUUCCAGAUUAACACACUGAACCAGACGCAGGAGACCCACAAGCAGGAAAUCGAGGCUUUGAAGUCUCAGCUGGACCAGGAGGAGGAGAAAACCAUGAAGAUGAAACAGCUGCUGGUGAAAACCAAGAAAGAUUUGGCAGAUGCCAUGAAACAGGAAAGCUCCCUCAUGAUGCAGCAGGCGUCUCUGAAAGGAGAGCUGGAAGCUAACCAGCAGCAGCUAGAAAGCUCCAAGAUUGAGAUGUGUGAGCUGACAGCCGAGCGGCACCGCCUGCAGGAGCAGCUGAAGUCCGCUUUGGAGCAGCAGCAGAAGACCAGCAGCUCCCUGCAGCAGCGCAUCCACAGCCUGCAGCAGGACAGAGACACUGCAAAGGCUGAGCUUAUGGCAACAACAAGCGAGUUUGAGAGCUACAAGGUUCGAGUUCACAACGUGCUCAAGCAGCAGAAGAGUAAAACCAGCGCCCAGCCUGAAGGAGUCUCUGGGAAACUAGAGAGGGAGCAGUUGUCCUCUCAGGUUGAACAGCUGCGGAGCCGCCUGUCUGAGAGCCAGCAGAGCAUCCAGAGCAGCGUCUCCGAGCUGCAGCAGCUCCAGGCUGAGCACGACACUCUGCUGGAGAGGCACAACAAAAUCCUGCAGGAAAACAUCGCCAAAGAGGCUGAGCUGCGAGAGAGGGUUUUGACGUUGCAGACAGAGAACGUGUCGUUAAGGUCAGAGGUGACCCAGGCUCAGGCCGACCUGUCGUCCCAGGUGGAGGCCCAGCGGCAGACCUACAGGGAGCAGCUGAGGAAGCUGCAGGACGACCACCGGGCCACCGUAGAGACGCUGCAGGGUCAGCUGAGCCGCGUCGAGGAGCAGCUCUUUAACCUGCAGAGCCAGAACAGUGCAGCGUCGGCCCAGUCCAGCCGUAAGCCUCUGGCAUCAGAACUUCAGCGGAGAAACGCCGAUCAGAACCAAGCAGGGUUGGGAUCGAUGGGUUUGAAUGACCUGCAGUCGAUGGCCCGGGAGGAGGGAGAAGGCAUGGAAACCACGGAGACCGAGAGAUUCUCGCCAAAACUCGCAGCCCCGCCUUCCCUGGAGCAGCUGCUCACAUCCCCAGACCCCAAACAGGAGCCGUUUGUUUGGACGUUGGAGCCGAGCAAAGAGGAGCUGAGCGAGAAGCUGAGCACAGCCACGCGCAGCAUGGAGCACAUGAACGGCCUGCUGCACGAAACCGAGGCCACCAACGCUGUCCUCAUGGAGCAGAUCACUCUGUUAAAGAGCGAAGUUAGGCGACUGGAGCGAAACCAGGAGAGAGAGAAGAGCGUGGCCAACCUGGAGUAUCUGAAGAACGUCCUGCUGCAGUUCAUCUUCCUGCGUUCUGGCAGCGAGAGGCAGGCGCUCCUGCCCGUCAUUCACACCAUGCUGCAGCUCAGUCCAGAGGAGAAGAGCAAACUGGCUGCAAUCGCACAAGGAGAGGAAGAGGGAAGCGGCUCUCGCGGCUCAGGGUGGACCUCCUACCUCCACAGCUGGUCUGGGAUCAGAUAGACUAAAAACAUGGGGAGCACUUUGCAGUGACAUCACUGAACCCAUCUCUUUGUGAGGUUCUGUAUCAAUGAUGCUAAUUAAAAUGGUUUUAACUGGGGCAUUAACACGUUACUGGGACAAAACAGGCAAGACCAAAGAAUGUAUGUGAAAUAGUAUCUUCUAGGUAGAGAUAAAGGAAACUAGAAUCUUUAUUUACUCUUGCAGAGCAUUAGGUAUAAACAGUGCUUCUCUGAGAUGGACACAGGCUUGUUAAACUGCCUGGUUUUUGUGAUGUAAGAAAAAUAAAACAAAUACAUAGUUUCAAAUGUUUUCCACAUAUUAUCUAACAUUUAUGUUAAAUUGUAAUAUAAGAGAAUCACUAUUAAUUAUCAGGAUAUGCACAAUAAAUAAUGUUAGAUGUGUACAAGAAGAAAACUAAAUGCUAAAAUUGAAUCAAAUUCUGUUUCAACCAAAUAUUUGUUGAAGGUUAUUCUCAGUUAUGCAGCAAGGUUAUUCUACUCGUUUUAUUUUUUCACUAUAAUAAAUUUGUUUGCUUUUCAGAAUUUCACAGGAUAAAUGUGGCACAAUAUGUGGAAAAAGGAGUAUGUAAAUUGUUUAUGAUGGUGUUUACAUAACAAAAACUUGGCAUUUUACCAGAGUUUGUGUCCAAAUUCGGGAACCAAGAUUAGUCUUUCACUAAAUUACCCGUCAUAAAUUUCUUAGUUGUAUUGAUUUGUGUUGAAAUAAAAUCUGUUGGGCAUUUUUCUGCAGACACAAAUCACAUCAAAUGCAUCUAUUUCAAAAUAUUUUCUUAUUUCUGGGUUAGAAAAAAAACAUGUUGCAAACAAAUAGUAUGAUUAGGGAUUAUUUAAGAAGGUAAAUGUAGCCUGGCAUAAUGUGACUUAAAUGUCGGAUGUUUAAAUCCUUAAUUAAAAAAAAAAGAUUUGACUCCUCUGCUUAUGUACAUUGUACUUUACUCACUUUAUUAGCGGACAAGUUGUCAUAAAUCAUAUUUCUAUUGCAGUUUCUUUCAAUGACUGUCAUCAUGUAUGUUGACUGUUGAAUGUCUUUCUGUAUGUUAUAGUUUAUCACUUUAUCAUCUAGAAAUAUGCAACAAAAAGGUGUUAAUCUUCACCAAGUUUUAAUCUGGUUGCUUAUAAAAUUAAAAAGCCUUAAUCCAUAUAUUGUUGUAAGAAAAAAAGUCAACAUUACGGUUCUUUAGGUGCUUUUUUUUCUUACAUUAGUCAGUGGGCAAAAUGUAGAUUAAAUCCUUAGUUUAGCUCAGUUAAAUCAUCAUAACAAAGAAAUUGAUGUUCAUAAUUAUAACUGGUACUUCCUAAACUCAGGUGCAGCAGGUAUUUGUGUUUUUCUACUGUAGCAUUUGUAACUACUGUUUUCAUUUUAUCGGUUUAAUGACUAUACAGCUCUGCUGUGGGGUAGAAGUUUAAUUUUCCGUCUCACAUACUCAGAUUUGCCUCUGCAACAUUAAUGCAUAUUGUUUUCUCCUUGUUAUUGCUGUAGAAAGUUGCUUGUUUGUCUUUUUUCCACUCCAGUGGCAGCUCUUUUGGGAUCAGUCUACCACAACUUGAAUGUACUUUUACCUUUUAUAUUAUGUGAAGGUUACUGUUAUCAGAAGCUAUGAGAGAUUAUCAGAAAAUCUUUUAAGAUUUUGUCUGGAUGUAAAAGAAAAACGACAGAAAACUGUGAUUGUAAACGGAUUAAAACCAACCAUGAUGGGAGAGAUCA